UGUUUUUGUUUUUGAUUUUAGUUCCAAUUUGAAAAUUAUUCGCUACCUUUAUUUCCAUGUGAUUUUAUUUCUUGCUUUAAAAUUAAAAUGAGAUCGGUUCUUGUUUGGGAAGCGCAGCUUCUAGACAAAGAAGAGAAACAACAAUGUGUAUAUGAUAUUGCAUUGAAGCCUGAUGGUUCUAUGGUUAUUAUUGCAUCAGGAUCAAAAUUACUUGCUUAUGAUACUGAAGGGAAACUUCUUCAAUCAUUAAAAGGCCACUCUGAUACUGUAUACUGUGUUUCUUUUUCAAAAGAUGGGCAAAGAUUUGCAUCAGGAGGAGCUGAUAAACAAGUUAUCAUUUGGACUUCUAAAUUGGAAGGAAUUUUACGUUAUUCCCAUCAUGAUUCGAUCCAGUGCCUUGCUUAUAAUCCUGUUUCAGACCAACUUGCAAGUUGUGCUUGUUCAGAUUUUGGUCUUUGGUCUCCUGAACAAAAAAGUGUAUCUAAACACAGAGUGAAUGUACGUAUUACCAGUUGCAGUUGGACAUGUGAUGGAAUGCUUUUAGCUGUAGGACUUGUUAAUGGAUGUAUAUCUAUACGUGGCAGAAAUGGAGAUGAGAAGUUAAAAAUUGAAAGACCUGGUGGUAUUGCUGCACAAGUCUGGGGUGUUUGUUGGUCUCCUAUUAAGGAUAGCAGUGGAGAUCAUGUAUUAGCAGUUGUUGAUUGGGGACAGACACUAUCAUUUUAUAAUACUACUGGAAAACAAGUAGGCCGUGAAAGAGGCUUAGGAUUUGAUCCAUUAAGAGUUACUUAUUUUUCUAAUGGAGAAUAUAUAAUAAUAUGUGGAACUAAUAGAAAAUGUUCCUUAUAUACUAAAGAAGGAGUGUUUGUUGGUGAUAUAUGUGAGCAAGAAUCUUGGGUUUGGUGUUGUGCAACCAAAGAUGAUUCUACUCACGUUGCCAUUGGAACUCAAGAUGGCAUUGCCAGCUAUUAUGAAGUUGGUUUCUCAACUGUCCAUAGUCUUUAUCGAGAAAGGUAUGCAUAUCGUGAAAACAUGACUGACGUAGUUGUCCAGCAUUUGAUUACAGAUGACAAAGUUGUUGUCAAGUGUAGAGAGUUAGUGAAGAAGCUAGCCAUUUAUAAAAAGCGCCUUGCUAUACAAAUGCCAGAAAGAAUCAACAUUUAUGAAGUGUCAGAUGACUCAUCAGACAUGCAUUAUAAAAUAAUGCAAAAAAUAAAUUUGAAAUUUGAUUGCACAUUAUUGGUAGUAUGUGCAAAACAUAUUGUUUUAUGUCAAGAGAAAAUUCUUCAGUGUUUAUCCUUUGAAGGAGUAUUAGAAAAAGAAUGGAUGAUGGAAUCUCUUAUCAGAUAUAUUAAAGUGAUAGGUGGUCCUCCAGGCAAAGAGGGCAUUCUUGUUGGUUUAAGAAAUGGGCAGGUGGUAAAGAUUUUUGUUGACAAUGCUUUACCUGUUCAUGUUCUUAAAAUUAAUUCUUCAAUUCGAUGCUUAGAUCUGAGUGCUAAAAGGAAAAAAUUGGCUGUUGUAGAUGAUAAUAGCAUUUGCAGUGUUUAUGAUUUGAGUAAUAAUUCAUUACUCUAUCAAGAACCAAAUGCAAAUAGUGUUGCAUGGAAUAAUCAUAAUGAGGACAUGCUAUGUUUUACUGGGGCUGGUUUAAUAAACAUUAAAGUUGAAAAUUUCAAUAUUCAACAACAGAAAUUCCAGGGAUUUGUGAUUGGUUUUUGUGGAGCUAAAGUAUUUUGUUUACACUAUAAUGCAAUUUCUACCAUUGACAUUCCUCUUUCUGCUUCAAUGUAUCAGUAUAUUGAGAAGAAGAUUUUUAGUAAAGCUUAUCAAGUUGCUUGCCUUGGAGUUACAGAUUCUGACUGGCGAUCUCUUGCUGAAGCAGCUAUUCAGAAUUUGGAGCUUGAAGUUGCACGGAAAGGUUUUAUACGGAUUAAAGAUCUGAUGUUUUUGAAAUUGAUAAAGUCAUUGGAGGCUCGCCGAAAAAAUGAAAAUGAAUAUGCUUUACUUGGAGAUGUGUAUGCAUAUCUAGGAAAAUUUAAUUUAGCUGCUAAUUCAUAUCAAAAAGCUAAUGCAGAAGGAAAAGCUCUUAUGAUGUAUAUUGAUUUACGAAUGUUUGAUAAAGCACAGGAGUUUCUGUCAACAUCAGAUACUCAGGAAAAAAAAGCUCUUGUUUUGAAGAAAGCAGAAUGGGCAAAGAGUAUUAAUGAAGCUAAAGCUGCUGCAGAAAUGUACUUAUCAGUAGGAGAAGUACAGAAAGCUGUUGAAUUAGCAGCUGAAAAUGAUUGGUCUGAGAUGCUGAUAACAAUAUCUAAAAAAGUUGAUUUGACUGAACAGAAAACACUUUCACUGAUUGGGCACCAUUUGAAAAGACUUCAUGAAUAUGGGGCUGCAGCAGAAAUUUUUCAUAAAGUAGGAGAUAUUCCUUCAUUAGUUGAAAUGAAUGUUGAAGCAAAGAAUUGGAAAGAGGCAUUUGAAUUGGCAAAGCAAUAUCCUACCUACAAAGAAAAUGUCUAUGUACCAUAUGCCAAUUGGCUUGCAGAAAAUGAUCGUUUUGUAGAAGCUCAAAAAGCUUUCUACACUGCUGGGAGACAAGAUGAAGCUGUUGGUGUUUUAGAAAAGCUCACAAGAAUUGCCGUAAAUGAAAAACGAUUUCGUGAAGCUGGUUACUAUUAUUGGAUUUUAUCAAUGCAAACGUUGAGAAGUUCUAGAGAUUUAAAUGAUCCUUUGGACAUUCAAGCUGCAGUUAAAAAAUUUUGGGAUCAACAAUUCGCAGCUGAAAUAUAUUAUGUUUACAGUUUCAUUUAUAAUUACUUGGAAGAACCUUUUACACUUCAACAUACCGAAACUUUAUUUAACAUGUCUCGAUAUUUAUGGCUGGAGUUAGUCAAGAUCGAUUUUCCUGGUAUAUCAAAAUUUCGGAUAUUUUAUGCUGCAGCCAAACAAAGCAGUGCCAUGAAAGCUUUUAAACUUGCUCGCAUGGCAUAUCAACAAGCUAAUAUUUACAGGAUACCUGAAAGAUUCCGGGAAUCUGUGGAAAUUGCAACUAUGCAUGUUCAUGCUAAGCCUUUUACUGACUCAGAAGAAGUCUUGCCAAUGUGCUAUAGAUGUUCAACAAGUAAUCCUCUAAUCAACAAGCAAGGGAAUAUUUGUUUUAAUUGCAAGCAGCCAUUUGUUUAUUCAUUUAUAUCAUUUGAAAUCUUGCCUGUGGUUGAAUUUUUCUUAGAAGAUGGAAUAGAUGAUGAUGAAGCCUAUAAACUACUUGCUAGGAAACCUAAACUAGAAUCGAACUCUACCGUGAUGAUGGAUAGUAACACUCAAUAUCUGAAAAUAGAAGAUAAUGAUCCAUUUGAAGAUGAUACUGACAUUUUUACCUAUGAUGCUGCAACAGGAGAAGCAGGUCCUUUAAUUUUGAAUCGAAAGAAACUAGAAAUGAUGAACUUAUCUGAAGUAAUCAUUUGUAAAUGGCCCCAUCCACUGAGAACUCAAUAUUUCAAAAAUGUUCUGCCAAGUGUUCAAAUUCAUAAAUGUAUCAAGUGUAAUAAACUUUUUCACAGUGAUGAUUACGAGCUUGAAAUUUUAAAGAAAAAUUGUUGUCCCUUCUGUAGAGUUACAGUUCAAGAACUUGAAGGCAAUGAUGAAUAAUGAACUCUUCAAACUUAUUCUACAUUUUUGGAAGCAGCUGUGAUUUUGCAUCCAUCCAUAUUUCACAAUGUUAUUGUUAAAUAUUAUUUGUUAACAUAUCAAAUGUUAUUAUAUAUUUUCUUAAUUUCUCUCCUGUAUAUGUCAUGUCUGGCUUAAAAUGUUUGGGCACAUUAAAAAAAAACAUUUAUGCACAUAAAAUGAGGAAUUUCAGCAUUUUUAAUA